GAAUUGGUGUACCGCCUAUAAACCGUAUAAAAAUGAGAGGAACAGCGCUCAUCUUCUUUGUUCUUCUUAUCUUGAAGAAUCCAUUGUUUAUCGAACUCUGAACAGAAAUCAUCCACUUAGAAUGCGCAUCCUUUCGAGGCCACCGUGCCUCUCAUCAUAUUCUGCUCCUUCUCGAUCUCAAUCACUUGCCAGACACAACUUCCAUUUCUCAAUUUCAACUUAUUCUACUUCUACAUCAUGUUCAUCAUCAUCGUCUUCCUUUACUUUCUUUAGCUUUAGACCCUUCAAUAAGCGCUUUCAUUUCAUUAACCCACCUCGUUCUUCCCUCAAACAAACCAAAAAACAGCAACGAAGCCUUCAAACUAAUGCCCCACCGCCACAAAGCAGCAUCAGAAGACUCUUGAACUUGAACGAUAAUCCUAAAGAUGAUGGUGGUGGUGGAAAUGAUGAUGAUGAUGAUGAUCAGAACGAGACUGCGAUUAAGGGGACAAUUUUAGCUGGUUUGUUGCUGGUGGGUGUUGUUGGUGGGUUUGGUACUGUUGGGUACAUCUAUAGAGACCAGAUCAAUGCUUUUCUGAUUCAGUUUUCUAGCUUCAUUGAAGGAUAUGGCCCUGCCGGAUAUGCACUUUUUGUUGCAGUUUAUGCUGGCUUGGAGGUACUUGCAAUCCCCGCGAUCCCACUGACAAUGUCAGCGGGUCUUCUUUUUGGGUCAUUUACAGGCACAAUUCUUGUCUCCAUAAGUGGAACUGUGGCUGCAAGUGUUGCAUUUCUAAUUGCUAGAUAUUUUGCUCGUGAUCGGAUACUUAAAAUGGUUGAAGGAAAUAAAAAAUUCCUUGCAAUCGAUAAAGCAAUUGGAGAAAAUGGUUUUAGAGUUGUGACACUUCUUCGUUUGAGCCCUUUGCUCCCGUUUUCUCUUGGAAAUUACUUAUAUGGCCUUACAUCAGUCAAGUUUGUCCCAUAUGUUUUGGGAAGUUGGCUGGGGAUGCUACCAGGAACAUGGGCUUACGUUAGUGCGGGUGCAUUUGGUCGAGCAAUCAUUCAAGAAGAAUCGGAUUUGGGUUUGGCAGGGGGAAGUAAUCAGCUUUUGACUCUAGGUGCCGGAUUACUUGCAACUGCCCUCGCUGCAACCUAUGUCACACGUUUAGCCAAGGAUGCUAUGAAAGACAUUGAAUAAGUCAUAUAUAUAUAUAUAUAUAUAUAUAUAUAUAUAUAUAUAUCACCCACUAGUGGCUUCUGCUUAGAUAAUCUAAUUUCUUCGGUUCGGUUUACAAAAUUCAAUGCUAUCAGUAUAAGUAUCAAUACCAGUAUUGUAAAUCUAGAAAGGCCACUUGUUGAAGUAAAUUGUAAAUUUUUUUAUAUUUUUUAUGGCUUUAAGCAAACCUUUAUGUCCCGGUCAUUGCUAUCAAGUACCAUAAGAAGCCAUUAGGUUGUGAUUGUUACAUGAAACAUGAGAGGCUAUCUUCGAAUAUGGUGAUGAAUGAGGGCAUUCACGUCUUUUGCACACAUGUGAAUCUAGAGAAACUCCUUGUCCCAAUUUCUUAUGUGGGACGGGAAAAGUUGCAAAUUUUUAUCACCAUAAUUUGCACUUUUUAUCCCAUUAUUACCAAGUGUACCUAAAGUGUCAUCAAAAUACCAUCGCUAUCUUAUCUUAAAAUGAUACACUUCAUAAUACUAGUUUCUGGUGCCGAUUUUGAUACUCUUUAAAUCCAAAAUUAACAUCCAAC